AUGUGUCCAGACGUUACAUUAGACGCAAGGCCCCUGACAAGCUGGUCUUCUGUUGGCCGCUGGGCAUGGCAGAUAUUGACAUCCCAUAUGCCCUACCCACCUUUCAGGCCUUUUUGCUCAGCGACCAUGUGA